GUCCUAUUUUCUGUCCCACAGUCUGUCCCCCCCCCACUUGAAAUUGUCUCGCAGUACUGGCGGAGAGGAGGGCAGGUUUUCCUAAAGGUGUGCCUGCACCUUUAAGAAAAAUGUUGGCAGGUUUGGGUGAGGAAGUGAAGAUCAUUGACUUUCGUUUCCUUGGUGAAACUGUUAUUUAUACCUGCCCCCCCCCCCUGUUGCACGUCGGAAAAGGGAACUUCGGGGUCAGCGAGCGACACAGGGGCGGAGGCGGUCUGCGUAGUCUGUCUGUCUGUCUGUCUCCCGGGGUGUACACACUCUUCGUUCGGGUGAAUGCGAAGGAGCCCCCAACGCAGCAGACAUGAUGGUGGCAAUUGAUGGCGAAGAGCAAGCCAGAGAAGCUGAUCAUCUUGUAGCACCUCCUAAUGGUGCCAUGAAUGAACUGGCGGAUGUGGGGCAAGAAGACAACAUGCAGGACCAGAUGGAGGAGUUUUUGGGUCCGCAGUCAGAGUACAACGAGGAGGAGGAGGAAAGGAAAUACUACAGGAGAAAGAGGCUGGGAGUCAUCAAGAAUGUUCUUGCAGCCAGUGUUGGAGCCAUGAUCGUUUACAGUGUAUAUAUGGGCCUUCUGCAAAUGCAGCUGAUCCUCCAUUAUGAUAUGACCUACCGUGAGGUGAAGUACAGCAACCUUGUCCUGGAGGACAUCGACCGCAAGAUGUUGAUGGGCAUUAAUGUCACGCCCAUUAUAGGCCUGCUGUACACUCCUGUUCUCAUCAGGUUUCUAGGUACUAAGUGGAUGAUGUUCCUGGCUUCGGGAAUCUACGCGCUCUUCGUCUCAACCAAUUACUGGGAGCGUUACUACACCUUGGUUCCCUCAGCCGUAGCCAUCGGCGUGGCCAUUGUGCCGCUCUGGGCCUCCUUGGGAAAUUACAUCACGAGGAUGGCGCAGCAGUACUACGAGUACGUCAACUACAAGGAGGAGCAUGUGCAGGAGCAGAAGAAGCUUCCUAAAGGAGCGUGCCACAGAUACAUCAUCGUCUUCCAGUCAGUCUUCCACAUCAUCUUCCAUCUGAGUUUUGUCUUUGCGGAGUUCCCGAUGGGUCUUGUCCUCAACGGCUACCUGCAUGAUAACCAGCACAUUCUCUGCAAUGUCAAAGUCUGCGGUGCAGCAGUCAGCGGAGUGAUCCCUGGCUUCAACACCACUGUGCUGACCAACCUGCCGCCCUCCAUGCUGCUCAUCAAGGUGGAGAGCGUCCUCAUGGGCUUCGCCUUCCUGUCCAUGAUCAUCUUCCUUGUGCUGUGUGGCGCCGCCUACCGGCCGACAGAAGAGAUCGACCUGCGGAGCAUCGGCUGGGGUAACAUCUUCCAGCUGCCUUUCAAACACCUGAGGGACUACCGCCUGCGACUGCUCUGCCCCUUCUUCAUCUACAGUGGCUUUGAAGUGCUGUUUGCCAUCACCGGGUUCUCUCUGUCCUAUGGCGUCUGCAUUUUGGGCCUGAAAAAACUGUGGCUCCUUAUAGUCGUCUAUGGCCUCUCCUGCUCCAUCUUUUCCUCCCUCUCCCUCUUCAUCCUACGCCUCCCACGCUGGCUGUGUCUGGUUAGCGGCGCAGCUGUGCAUUUUGUGUUGCUGGUGGCUCUCCUGGCAUUCUCUGUACAACGCCAGAAGGGGCAGUUAUAUACAGAGUAUCUGGGCCCUCUGCUUGUGAUCACCGUGCUGUGGGGUCUCGGCACCGCCCUGAACAAGACGGGCGUCAGCACUCUGCUUGGUAUGCUCUAUGCUGAGGAAAAAGAACGUCUGGACUUUGUGUACACCAUCUAUCACUGGUGGCAGGCCUUCGCCAUCUUCAUAGUCUACCUAUGGUCCAACCUGCCUAUGAGGGCCAAGCUCUCCAUCCUUUUGGCCACUUUACUGCUUGCCUGCUACUGCUAUUGGCUGAUGGAGCGUCGGCUGGCAAAGGACUUGCGGCCCAGACUGCCUCGCAUCCCUCGGCCGCGGCACAAGGUUAAAGGCUAUCGCUACCUGGAAGAGGACAACUCAGAUGAGUCAGACUCCGAGAGUGAGGAGGAUGAGGAGGAGAAGACGGAAGACGAAGAGCAUGUGGUGGAAGAGAUGGGAGCAGAGGACAGCGAGGAAGGAGGCCAUGACGGAGAGGCACAGGGAGCUGACUCACCCAGAGCCAGGAGGAGAGGGGCAGAGGGUCACCGCUGCAGACGGGAGGAUGCCCAUGUGAAGGAGGGAGAGAGGGAAGAGCGCGAGGGAGGUUGAGAGAAAAGAAAAAGGAGGAGGGAGGAGGGGAAAUGAUGGACAGAUGACAGAGAUACAGGAGAGGAAGAGAGUUAUACAUGCGCUGUAUGCUGUUGUGUUUGAUUCCAUUCAUAUUUUUAGACAUUUAAACGUAAUGUAACUUUCAUACUACACUAAACAAAAAUGUGUUUUCUAGCAUAAGCUUUAAUGAAAAAGCUUGAAUUACUUGUUCAGCUGUAAUCACAACAAUCAUCCAGAUGAAAAGGUGAGAAAGUGGGAGAACUAUAUUGCAAUUUAACAUAGGCACAGUCUCAAAGGGAAGCACACACUGGAUAAAAUGAAUACAACAAGAA